AACGCGGGGCAGCGGGCCUGGCGGCCCCAUUGAGAAGUAGGUCCUUCCCGGGCCUGCUGCGCCUCUGGCUGCCUGCCCGGGCCGCGCGCCGGGUGCGACUGCCCGGGCCAGAUAGCACCUCGGGGCAAUCCUGGCAGCCUUAUCUCGCCUGCCCUCCUCGUCCGCGCAGCAGUCUGUGGGGGGCGAGGCCGUCCGGGAACCCGCAGCCAGCGCCCGCUGCGCGUCUGCCGGUUUGGCGGGGGCGGGCAGACCGGCGGUGGCCGGGGGCGCGCGUGUGGAUUGGGGCCGGGUGCUGGCCAGAAGCGAAAGCGGCAGAUGUCCUUGGGCAUCGCCGCCCUCGCCCCACCUGUCGCGGGUGAACUUUGGGCCAGGUGGGAAGCGGAGGAAAGGGGUUUCCGGGCGGGCGGCAGUCAGACCUUGAGAAGGCGGCCCCAUUGUGAAGCUGCCAAACUCUAGUGGUGGAAUCUGCAAAUCUCUGCCAGAAAGGAGAUGGGAACACGAAGGGAAUGAUGGCCCUGUCCCUUUCUCCUUGUAAAUGUUCCACAUCCUUAGGGUGUCUCUGCUUCUCCAGCCACGCCAGUUUGCACUCGGGUUGAUUACUGAUUUGUGUCGAGCCAAGAUGCUGAGUCUGUAUGUGUAUGACUGUGGCGCACAGGUUAACACUGGGACUGGGAACUUUUUAAUCAUUCGAGGAAAGAGGAAGAAUGGAGGCAAUAGCAUUUUAUAGUGUGCUCGCUACUCCUAGCCAAAAGAACAGCUCUUGCACAACAUUUCCGACGUUUCUAGACUCUUCAUUUCACAUUGUUUUUCUCGGAUAAGCCACACUACAGUUCACUUUGUCUGGAGCAGAGCAGAAACAUUAUUAUGCCUGUGUUCCCUUGGGACUCAUUGGAAACUGUACAGUGACGUCUUCUGGGAUUUAGGCUGAAUGAAGUAUCAGAGAAACACUUCCCGCCUGUAGCUGCCUGUCAGGUUAGGAGUGUGCAGACUGGUGCCUAAAAUGGAAGUAGAUGUUAAUGGAGAGUCCAGAAGUACCCUGACCACCCUGCCCUUGCCCGUGGCCGAGGUGAGCUCCCCGGGAAAGGCAGAGGUGGAGAAGCCCCGCUGUUCCAGCACUCCGUGCUCGCCGAUGCGCCGGACUGUGUCAGGCUACCAGAUCCUCCACAUGGACUCUAACUAUUUGGUUGGCUUCACGACUGGUGAGGAACUCCUGAAGUUAGCCCAGAAGUGCACAGGAGGUGAAGAGAGUAAGGGAGAAGCCGUGCCUUCCUUGCGCUCCAAACAGCUGGAUGCAGGACUUGCUCGUUCCUCUCGUUUGUAUAAAACCAGAAGUAGGUACUACCAGCCGUACGAGAUUCCAGCUGUCAAUGGCAGGAGGCGAAGGCGGAUGCCCAGCUCAGGAGACAAGUGCACUAAAUCUUUACCUUAUGAACCUUAUAAGGCCCUCCAUGGGCCUCUGCCUCUCUGUCUUCUUAAAGGUAAGAGGGCUCACUCCAAAUCUCUGGACUACCUCAAUCUAGAUAAAAUGAACAUCAAGGAGCCAGCUGACACAGAAGUGCUACAGUACCAGCUUCAACACCUGACCCUCAGAGGGGACCGUGUGUUUGCUAGGAAUAAUACAUGAGUGACUUGCAGAGAAUGUAAACCAGUUUAGGUCAGCCUACACUUGGCUAGAAAAUUCCACUGUUGUACUCUGUACAGGACUCUUUACAUUAUAGAUGGUUAAAUCAGCUAAGUGUUCCUGGAACAUAAAAAUUGGAUCAAAUUUUGAAUACAGGAAUGAAAUCACAGGUACUUGAGGUGAAAUCGUUCUAGAACACGCAACUGCAAGGAAAACAGAAUGUUGACCAUUAGUUUGUAUCGCUUUUUAGCUGGGAAAAAAAGGCUUUGGUACAGUAAUAUCGUCUUUAAAAUUCUGAUACUCAAAUUGGAAAUGUUAUCUGCUUGGUUGUUGCUGACUUGGUAUGAUUCAUUAGAAAUUUAUAUCUUAAGUACUCAAGUACUUCUUUAAUCUCUGUACUUUACUAUAAAAUAUAUGUAAUGAUUUGUUUUAUGAAAUUUAGAACUUGAAGAUUGCUAAA